UCCAAGCAAGGUUGAGUUGGCUGGUUCAGGGAGUUAGAUGGAAUUCCUUGGCACUACGCAGACUGCCAGCUACUGCGGACCUCGGAAAAGCUGCCUGCUUCCAGAGGUGGCCCCAACCACCAUCAGCCAGGACAGCUACCAGUCUUAUUACCUGCCAGGCUACCGCUACCUGAACUCAUGGCGCCCCAGCUUGUUCUACAAAGUGUCCGCCUUCCGGCCCAAUGAUGAGGGAGCGGGGCGCCUCUGCGCCCCACUGCGGCCUCCCACCAUCCUGCCGUCAGUGCGGUCCUCCUUGUUCGCUCGCUACAGCCCCCACGACUGGUACAAAGCCAACCAGCUCCAGAUCAAAGGCUCGGAGGCUUACCGGCACUGGGCCGGGAGACUGAACGCCGACACCGGGAGGCUGGUACAGGACAAAGACCAGCUGACACGGCAGCAGCAGGAAGACUCCGGGAAGAAUAUCGGGCAGAGGCUAGCGGACAUCGAUUUCUGGAGGUCCGAGCUGACCUAUGAACUCGAACGGCUGCUGUCCGACACCCGCUUGUUGGACACAGCCAAGAGGCGCCUGGAAUGUGCUGCGGAUGAAGCCCAGGGGCCACUGCAGGUGGCUUUGGAAUGCUUAUACAAUCGGGAGAAACGGAUGGGGAUCGACUUGGUCCAUGAUGACGUGGAAAAGAAUCUCAUCCAGGAGGUUGAUCUGAUCAGAGCAUGCCAAGAAAGAAUGAGGAAGCUUGCAGAAAGGAUUGAACAACAAAUUAAUGUUAACAGAGAUGCCCAACAUGCUCUCGAGAGGGACCUUGGAGACAAGAACUCUGCCCAUUUCAUCGAUGAGAAGUGCUAUAACCUGAGGAACACUUCCGACAGCAUCAAUUUCUACCACGGAGUGGAAAAAAUAGAUGGAACAGUGACGGUCCCCGAAACGUGGGCCAAGUUUAGCGAUGACAACAUCCGGUAUUCACAAAACGCACGUGCUAACACAGCCACCCUCUGCAACGAAGCAGACCACACCCUGGAAACCACUUCCGACGAUAUGUGGAGGCAGUGGACAAACACGAAUUUAGCCUUUGACGCCCGCAUUUCGGAAAUAGCGGACUCCAAGAACCAGCUGCAGGCACAGCUGGCCAAGACACUGCAAGAAAUCUUUCAGACAGAAAAUACAAUAAUGUUGCUGGAAAGAGCCAUAAUGGCUAAGGAGAGCCCACUCAAGGUGGCCCAGACACGCCUUGAAGCCCGAACAUGGCGACCAAAUAUGGAGUUGUGCCGGGACGUACCCCAGUACAAACUGGUGAACGAGGUUUACACCAUCGACGACACGCUUCAGACCCUGAAACUGCGCCUGCGCGAGGCUCACGACACCCUCCAGCUGCUGAUCCUCAACAAGUCCAAGCUGGAGCACGACUUGCUGGUGAAAGCCAACUCCCUUUUCAUCGACAAAGAGAAGUGCAUGGGGAUGAGGAAGACCUUCCCCAGCACCCCCCGCCUGGUCGGCUACACCUGAGCUUGCCCGCCGACCUCUGCUCUGACAUAAAAGGCUGCAUGGAGGGAGUCCAGAUCUUACAUAAUGGUCAUUUCGAGAGGAGCUGGUCCUCCCACAGCUGGGCAGCCCUGGAGUCCAAGGCAUCUCUGCCAGUCAGCUCUGCAGCCAGCCUGCCCAAAGUGGACCCCAGGAAAAAAAGUCAGAAAUGAAAUCAUUAUAACAAAAGAGAGGGGUAAACGCUAUGUAAGGUCACCAAGAAAUUUUCUUUGCUCUCCAGCGCCCUCUGGUGUUGCAUGUUUAUAAUGCAUUCAAAGCACUUUUUUUUUUACUAAUGUGUUGAGUCCCCAGUCCUUUCCAGAACACCUUGCUCCAGAUACUCUCUUUUCCUGUGAACCCCCAGUCUUUGUUCACACUUCAAGGGAAGCCGGGGAGGACAGUUCUCCUGCCUUGCCAAUGGCCCUCAAUUGUUUCUUGAUGGCCCUAGCUUGGCCAGGUCAUUUUGCAUAGGCUAGCCCAAGAAUUCCUCUGCAGCUUGUAUUUCUCCCUUCAUAUCCCAAAUAAUCAAAAUCGUGGCAUUUAUUAAUCUCUAGGGUUUAGGGGGUCCUACCUCCCACCCCCCAAAUCGACAACAAUAUGCUUGGGGAGCAGUGACGACUUAUUUUGCUGGGAACCACUGCAAAGUCAAACUCUCUCCCUCUCUACCCCCAUAUUUGUAGGGUCAUCUUAAGGCAUGAGUAGGGAUGGAAAGAUGGAAAGAUCUGCCAUUUUUGGUUCUCUCAGUUUCUCCUUGUGUCGACCCUUUAACCACCCCCAGAUAAAUUCAGACAAGACUCAAAUUUUAGGUUUGGUUUUUGGCAGAAUUUAGGCCACAACUUUAUUGAUUACAAUCAAGUGAGUGGUUGCAUAGGCUCUGGUUCGACUAGCUCCCUGCACUCUUGCAGGCAGCGCUGACCCAGGGCACACUAUAGGUCAGCCUUGGGUGAACACCCGGCAAAGUGGAAAGCGGGGUCA